AUGGAGUGCGCCCUCAGCAAAUUUGAGGCUGACACCAAGCUGAGGGGUGUGGUUGACACAGCUGAUGCCACCCAGAGGGCCCUGGACCAGCUGGAGAAGUUGGAAAAGCUUCUGAGGAUAGAGAGGAGGAAACUCCGGGUUAAUGAAGAGAAAGAAAGCCAGUCCCAGCUGGAAGAAAUGAAGAGCAGAUAUUCUGAAAAGGUCAAGGAAGUUGAUAGAUUACAAGCAGAGUGCGAGAACCUGGAGAUGGACAAAUGCCAGCUGCAAGAAAAGUUGGCAAAACUGCAGCAUCACUUGGAGACCAACGUGGUGGAUCGCAGCCAACUAGAACAACAUAAAAGAGAGUUGGAAGAACGAGUCGACCAGGAAAUAAGGCAAAAACUCCAAGAAGUCAAUGAGUUUUUGCAAGCACAGGCAGCCCACCAGGACACCUUAGAAGAAAUCAGAAGCAGUCAUUUGGACUCACUGAAAAAGCAGAUGGAAGACAGAAUUAGAGAUCUGGAACGUGCACUGGGAAGGAGAAAAAGCAACCAAGCAGAAAGACCUUUUCCAGAAGAAUCCACCCAGGCAGAAGUGGACAAGUACAAAGAGCUGUAUCUGGUGGAAGCCAAAACCAGAAAAAGCCUCGCCAAGAAACUGGAAAGAGCUAAGGAGAGACUUGCAGAGGCCAACACCAAGCUCCUUUGGGAGCGCCACAGAAGCAGAUCUGCAGUCCCAAGCAGCACCGUCAGCGGACACCUGGCUGCAAGUCCACUUCUGGAUUCAACUGGCCUGGGACAUCUUGGAAGCAAUGAGCUGUGGAACUCCAUUCUUUGA